AUGCUCAACCUUUUGUUGGCAUUCCUUCAACCGAGAUUCGACCCUUCAUUAGAAGCAGAUCUACUGGAUGAUGAGAUUGAAGCUGGAGGAACAGAGUCGACUCCUCUGCCAACUUCGGCCAAAGACGACGAAUUUCGACCAUUCGUCCGUCGGUUACCUGAAUGGAGUUUCUG